UCCAGCAGUGAGUUGCAGGUUCUGUCCUUGUCUGCUUUUUGGAGUGGAAGGCUGUCCUUAUCCCUCACUAAUGGCGGAGUAGGACAAGCAUUGCCCUGCCUGUGAGCUUGCCAAGCACCAGGAACCCAAGCAGGAGCUCAUCAUGCCAAUCAAACCUGUUGGGUGGAUAUGCGGGCAGGUGUUGAAGAACUUUUCUGGAAGAAUUGAGGGACUCCAGAAAGUAAUCAUGGACCUUGUAGAUGAGUUUAAAGAUGACUUCCCUACCAUCCUAAAAUCAUCACAGUCCAAUCAGAAAAGAGAACCCUUGCGAAAAACAUCUAAAGUCAGAAUGGCUUUUGCUUUAGCCAAGAUCAACCAAGGAACAUUAAUUCAAGGAUUAAAUACCAUAUCAAGUUCCUCCAAAUCAGUGGCCAAACUUCUGGAACCUCAGCUUGCUUGUAGGCUUUUCGAAUUAAGGAAGAUUUCUCAUCGUCUACUGAGGGAAGUUAAUACACUCAAACAACCCCUAUAUAACAUGCGGGUCAGAAAGUGUUCUUUGUUUGAAAUCAUUUCCUUUCCAGCCAAGACUGCCUUAACUAGCAUAAUAUAUGCUUCAUUUGCUACACUAAUUUAUUUGACAGUCUGUGUUAAUACGGUACUAGAGAAGAUAAAGAAAAUUCUCCAAGAAGAAGAACUCAUAAGGCAAAACAGAGAUGAAAGUGAAAACCUUAGAAAAGCCUUUUCUGAGCCUGUGCUUUCUAAGUCUAUGAUUCCUGAAGGUGAAAUCAAAGCAAAACCUUACAGAUCGUUACCAGAAAUGCCAGAGGAUAUUUCAGGCAGCCCUAAGCUUCCUGCUAAGUUGAACAAUAAGAUCCAGGUUUUACAUUCUGUGUUUGACUAAUCAACUGAAAUGAAUGAAUGAGCAAAUCCGAACAUAUCACUGACCAGAGCUUGAGUUAUCUAAUGACAUUUCAUGUCACCAAACUAGUCCAAUUUCACAUACUGAUUGUUCUGCUCUUAAAAAAAAAAAAAAAAAAGGGAGGGGGGAGCUACUACAAAAAUGUUACUCUCUAGUAUUUAUAUAGUAGAGAAAAUAAAUGAACCUAAAUGUAGAAUAUAUGUCUGUCUACAUAUUUUCAUGAACAAGAAAAUGUGUCCUUUUUUGGGUUAAACUUUAUGCUUGGUUUGUAAUAUGGUAUGGGCAUAUU